CUUUGUCGGUGCUUGGCUCGCCGGGGCGGGAGCGAAGGGAUCUGGGGCCGCGGGGGCGGGGCCGUCUCGGCGAACACGUGACCUGCGGUGGGCUCCGCCUUCCGCGCAAGCGCCGAGAGCUCGUCAGCGGCCGCGCCCGUCUGCGCAUGCGCACCUCCGGGGAACGCCUGCACCCUGGCUGCGAGCGUGUGGCGCCCACGAUACCUGAGCCCGUGAGGAGCCCGCGGGGCGGGGCGCAGGGAGCUGGAGGUUGCGCUGCCUUUCGGGGGACUGGUCCACUGACGCGCGGCCCCGCCGCGAGGUGCGGACGCCGGGGUCGGGAGGGAAGGAGGAGCAUCAGAUCCAUGCUGCUGCUGACUCGGAGCCCCACGGCUUGGCACAGGCUCUCUCACCUCAAGCCCCUAGUCCUCCCUGGGACCCUGGGAGGCCGGGCCCUGCAUCUGAGGUCCUGGUUUUUGUCAAGGCAGGGCCCUGCAGAGACAGGUAGGCAGGGCCAGCCUCAGGGCCCUGGGCUUCGAACCAGGCUGUUGAUCACAGCCCUGUUUGGAGCUGGACUUGGUGGGGCCUGGCUGGCCCUGAGGGCUGACAAAGAGAGGCUGCAGCAGCAAAAGCGAAUAGAAGCCCUGCGCCAGGCAGCUGUGGGCCAGGGCGACUUCCACCUGCUGGACCACAAAGGCCAGUCUCGCUGCAAGGCUGACUUCCGGGGCCAGUGGGUGCUGAUGUACUUUGGCUUCACUCACUGCCCUGACAUCUGCCCAGACGAGCUGGAGAAGCUGGUGCAGGUGGUGCGGCAGCUGGAAGCAGAGCCUGGUUUGCCUCCAGUGCAGCCCGUCUUCAUUACUGUGGACCCUGAGCGGGACGACGUUGAAGCCAUGGCCCGCUAUGUCCAGGACUUCCACCCAAGACUGCUGGGUCUGACCGGCUCCACCGAACAGAUUGCCCAGGCUACUCAUAGCUACCGUGUGUACUACAGUGCCGGCCCCAAGGAUGAGGACCAGGACUACAUUGUGGACCACUCCAUUACCAUCUACCUGCUCAAUCCUGACGGCCUCUUCACCGAUUACUACGGCCGGAGCAGGUCGGCUGAGCAGAUCGCAGACAGCGUGCGGCGGCACAUGGCGACUUUCCGCAGUGUCCUGUCUUGACCUGCUGCAGCCUGGGCCCCGUCAUUAAACAGGGUGCGUUUAA